AUGCCCAACACACUCGGACCCGACUACUUGAAGAACUCCGUGUGGAAGCCGCAUUUGUUCGACGGAAAAGUGGUUUUCGUGACUGGCGGCGCCGGCACUAUUUGCCGCGUCCAGACCGAGGCCCUGGUCCUACUGGGUGCCAACGCAGUGAUUUUGGGCCGCAACCCGGCCAAGACAGAGAAGGCCGCCAAGGAGAUCGCCACUCUGCGUCCUGGUGCAAAGGUUCUGGGCAUUGGCAAUUGCGACGUCCGCAACAUCGAGAACCUGACUGCUGCCGUAGACAGAACCGUCAAGGAGCUUGGUCACAUUGACUUUGUGAUCGCCGGCGCUGCUGGCAACUUCUUGUCGCCGUUUACUUCUCUCUCGUCCAAUGCUUUCCGCACAGUCACUGAAAUCGAUCUGAUUGGCGCUUUCAACACCGCCAAGGCCACCUACGACCAGCUCCGUGAACACAAAGGCCAUAUCAUAUUUGUGUCGGCUACCCUGCACUAUAAGGGUCUUCCUUUCCAGUCCCACGCUGCAGCAGCCAAGGCCGGAAUCGACUCUCUUACCAAGACUCUUGCUGUUGAGCUUGGGCCUAUGGGUAUUCAAAGCAACGGCAUUGCGCCCGGCCCCAUUGAGGGCACUGAGGGAUUCGACCGCCUAGUUCCUGAGGACAUUCGCCAGCGCAGCCUGGAGCUGAUCCCGCUUGGUCGACUUGGCAAGACAGUCGAGAUCGCCGACGCUACUGUCUACCUGUUUUCUCCAGCCGCUAGCUACGUCACUGGCCAGAUUCUAGUUGUCGACGGUGCUGAGUGGCAGAGUACUUCUGGGGCCAUGAACUACUAUCCGCACUCGGUUAUCGCUACAGGCUCUCAGGACAAUAAACUCUAA